AUGUCUGCCUUGGCGGCAGAGCCUGUGUACUACAUCCCGGGGUUUGGAAAUACAGGUGUUUUUAUGAUUGAGAAAUGGAAAAACCUGAUCUGCGAUAUCCGUGACGACGAGUCCGCGAGGGUGGUCUUCGAGGCUUGGAUCUGGCAUAUUCUGUAUGGCAACGUGUUGUCCGACCUCCAAGACCCUUGGCUCGCCAAGCAUUGGGAGCUCUAUGAUGAGCUGGAGCGAGCGAUAUCCCGCAACCGGGACACCGACUCGAGGGAGAACAUACGAUAUCACAUCUGGAGGAACCUCACGCUGGGCUUGAUCCAGACCAUCGAAAAGCUGGGGUGGUUCUGGACCCGCAAGGACCCCCGCCUCGUCAUUGACAUAAUCAUGGAGGAGCUGGGGCCCUUCUUCCGGUUGCGGGAACAUGGGACCUACGCCGACCUGGACAAGGAACUCCUGCGGAUUGCCAAGUCCGCCCUCGAGGUCGACAUGGCCAAGCAUUUCACCAGGGCCGAGUGGAUCAUCAGCUUCGGGCAUCCUGAGACCGGCGCCCUCUUCGGCAUCCCCUUCGACCAUCGCUUCAUGAAGAACGUCGUCAUCAUGUGGUCCACCUCAGACGAAGAGACGGAUGAUAUACCAGUCGAUCUGGUCACUUCUCCGACCGUGGUUAUGCGUGGUAUCGAACAUGGAAUUUGCCUUUCACGACCUUUGUCGCGAUGA